AUGGCCCGAGGAAAAGGCAGCGUUUUCGCCAAAGACGGUGUUCUGAGGCCCUUUCGCCUCUUGCGCCAGGACUGGGGCAACCUAAGCGUUCGCUAUGUCUCUGAUUGGACCGUCUUCAACCAGCUGAUCUUUGCGAGCGCCGUCUAUGUCUUCUUCACUAAUCUGCUCCCGGGAAUCACUUUUGCCAGCGAUUUGUACGAGCUCACCGGCGAGAACUGGGGCACUAUUGAAGUCGUGUUCAGCACCGGUCUUUGCGGCAUUAUCUUCUCACUAUUCUCCAUCCAGCCUCUCACAAUAUUGGGUGUCACGGGUCCGUUUUCCAUCCUAGCCGAGAACAUCUACUCGCUAUGCACCUCCUCGUUUCAUAUACCCUUUUUGCCUUUUAUGGCCUGGUCGCUCAUCCAUGCCUGCUGGAUGCACUGGCUACUGGCCAUCUUCAAUGCUCACGACUACACUAUGCGAUACGUUACCACGUUCUCGACCGAAAUUUUCUCCCUGUUGAAUAGCAUCAUCUAUUUUCACAAGGCCAUCCAGGAGCUCGAGCGUGCCCAUUCACGUUUGUCGUUUGCCGCGUUCCUCUAUGCCAUUAUCGGAUGCAUUGGAACAUGCCUGUUGGCUAUUUUCCUCGCUUCUGCGGAGAAGUGGAAGCCGCUUUUUCACCGCUAUAUUCGCAUGGGCCUUGCCGAGUAUGCCGCAGCCAUCAGCAUCAUCAUUUUCAUUGGCAUUCCUUACGCAGGAGAGCUUGCAAAUCUGGACAAGGACACGUUGCACGUAAGCACGUCCUUUCGUCCGAGUAGCCCUGAGCGGUCGGUGUUCUUCGUCAAGUUCUGGGAACUCCCCGUGGCUUGGAUUUUCGCGGCUCUGAUACCAGGCGCAAUAAUUACUGCCCUGUUCUUCUUCGACCACGAAGUGAGCAGUAUCAUCUGCACCAUCAACCGCUACGGCACUCGUAAACCAGGGGGGUUCGCCUGGGAUAUCGUCUUGCUCGGCACUACCACCGCUGUCUGCGGCAUCCUCGGCAUCCCGCCCGCAAACGGAUUGUUGCCGCAAGCCCCACUCCAUUCGGAGAGCCUCAUGCAUGAUGAUCGCGAAACCAUUCAGAGAGCAAGCUCCUCUGGCACGGAUACCAGUGAGACUAGAGUAUCUCGCCGUGUAUACGAACAAAGAUGGAGCCAUUUCCUUCAUGCUGCUGGAAUCAUGGCAUUUGUCAGCCCUCCUCUUAUGCAUGUUCUGGGCCUGACGCCGACCAGUGUACUUGCAGGUCUUUUUCUGUUUAUGGGAGAACAGAGCCUUUCUGUGAAUCCCAUCCUCUGGCGCACCUUUCAUCUACUCACACCGCCCUCAGAGCUACCACAACUCCCUCAAACGAUUCGCAACUAUGCACCCAUCCAUCUGUAUACCCUAACGCAGAUCAUCGUUACUGUGAUUAUAUUCAUCGUGACGUUGACAAAGGCUGGGCCGGCCUUUCCCAUAAUCAUCAUUCUUCUCGUGCCGAUCCGGCUGAAUUUCAUGAAUCGGAUCUGGAACCGCGAAACACUAAGAUACGUCGACGCAUGGGCAUGCCGAGACGGUACACCAGAGGAUGACGAGGAUCGGAGAGAAGAUGCGCGGAAAGGCCCCACGGAUCAGUCUAGAGGGAUUUCCACGGACGUAGAAACCGGAGAAGACGAAGAAAAUGGCAAUGGGUCGAUUAUGCUCCGGAGACUCGGCUCGGCAGACCGCAAAGAAUGA